AUGCAUCUACGGCCAGCCAGGUCGCAAGAUCUGCGCUUAAUUGCAGACGUGGCUGCACAAGCCAUGCUUGAAGAUGAGCUCUUCUCAUACCUCUGCCCUGGCGGAAAGAGCUGGUUGAUCAUCGUUGCGGUCGAGGAUGUCUCACCGGUCGCGGACAGCGCCAAGGUCUCAUCAUUAAUUAUGGGUUACGCUGUCUGGGAACGCAUUUCGGUGGGAGCGGAGAAGUCCACGAAGCAAUGGAGGGAGACGGAGCAGACAGGAUGGUGGAAUGGUUUGUUCGAUCCCACUCGACCUAAGAACCCAAACAGGAGAAGAACACCACUAAUUACCGGCUCUCUGUCUCUUCCAGUUCUCAAAGAACAGUUCCUGCACCUGACCGACCGUUGCGUCUCCCGUCUAUAUCCUGACCGCAGUGUCGACAAAGCUCGCCUAGCGAGCUACAACGCUCUGACGACAGAGUGCUUUCCAUUCUCUCACUUUACCGAGCUAUGGUAUCUAGCCGUUUUGGCGGGUAGUCCCGAAUAUCGACGGCGAGGGAUUGGUCGAAGUUUGGUAAAUUGGGGUCUAGAACAAGUUGGCCGGGAGGUUACGCCUGUUGGCCUCGAAGCCAGUGCCAGAGGAACAUGGCUUUACGAGAAACUGGGAUUUGAGACUGUGAACGAGGUACAACUUGUGCAGGGCAUCAUAAUGAGGGCAAUGCUCUGGGACAAUCGACCGCCGGCAAAUCAGCGAGACUCGGAGCUCCAACCCUCGGAAUUCAAUUCCGGCGUCGAUGCAUAUUUACACACCGACAAUGAGCCGGUCAUGAAUAAUAUCCGCGGCGCCGCCGGCUGUGCUCUCGCGGUCAAUCUAGCUCGCUCGACAAACCGUCCUCGGGUCCUGUUAUUGGAAGCAGGCGUGCGGAAUGAUAACAAGAUCACCAACGGCCGCCAAAUCGACUACUCAAGCGGCAAAGUGCUGGGCGGUAGCACUGCCAUUAAUUUUGGAAUCUUCGCCGUGGGGCCUCGGAACGACUACGACAAGUGGGCGGCUGUUGUCGGAGACGAGUUGUAUAAGUGGGAUCGCAUGCAGCCGCGAUUUCGAAGCUUGGAAACUUUCGAUAGCACAAUUUUGGAGCCGAAGAACGCAAAAUAUGCUGCUCCGAAAUCUUCAGACCAUGGAUCCCAAGGCGCUCUGCGAGUAGGCUUUGCUUCAGAGUGGGAGCAAGACCUACCCUUGAUUCUGGAUAUUUUCGAGCAAGCAGGCCUUGUUCGUAAUCCUGACCAUAACUCGGGCAAUCCGAUCGGAAUGGCUCUGGUUGUCAAUUCGGCCAACAAAGGAAGGAGAAUCACUGCAACCGACCUGUUGGACACGGCCCCGGAGGAUCUAAAAGUCAUCACCGAGUCCCCAGUGCAGAGGGUUGUCCUCGAAGCGAAGAAAGCGAUCGGGGUUGAAUGCAAUGGCAAACAAUGCAAGUCUUCCCAAUUUGACCUCUCAGCGCCUUUGAGGGAUUCUCUGCAGAUUACGCUUCGAAAAGUGUCAUUCGAGUAA